AUGGAUCCUCCCACGCUCAUGUCACCGCCCGACCAGGUGAUCGACAAUUUUCCUCAGGAAGGGCAGAACACGAUGGGCCCUCUUUUCACCCCCGCGAACGUCAAAUCUUCGUCUCACCCUCCCCCGCUACUGUCGCCUCCCCACUCGCCAAUACACAGAACGCUUGAUCCUCCACGGUCGCCUCGUCCAGACUCGAUGCUCCCGCCGUCUAAUGCGCUGCGGGGUUCUCAGAAUUUCAUGUACGAUCUGGAGCAUACCCAUCGCCAGGCCAUUGAGCAACACCGACGAGAGCAUCCUUUGGAAUCAGAUCUCAGUGGGCCCAGCGACCACGAUUACCUGCUCACGCUAUCUUUCCGGUCUAAGAUUAUGGAUCGCUACCGUGAGAACCCACGUAAUUGGCUUCUGAAGAACCUGGCGCAGGUCAGGCACGACAACAGUCUCAUUGCCCAGCGCUACCCCAACAUCAUGCCAGCGAGGCCCACGAUCAACAACAACAUGACAACGGUGCCCAGGGCUGCGCGGGCACCACGAGCAGACAGGGUCACCAAGCCAUCGGCAGGCCCACGUGUGAUCCGGACAGCUGGUGGCCCCACCCGCUCAAGCCCCGGCCCCAGCAAGCGAUCAACUUCCCGCGCUAGCGCCACGCCCGAGCCGUCACGCAGAACAGUCGCGCCGAACCGCGAGGACAAGGAUUUCGAGUCGAUCCCCGACCUGGGGCCAGAUCCUUGGGAGACGCUGUCCGGCGGCAACGCGCUCAAGGUGGAAUGGAAGGGCCAGCCUCUGGACCUGUCCGCCGAUCCCCACGCCCACCUUUUGCAUCCUGCCGAGCUGGCUCUCGCAAGCAAUCUGCGCCUAGACUGCGCGACCUAUCUCACUAGCAAACGCCGCAUCUUUGAGCGCCGUCUGGCCUGCAUCAAGCAGCCCAAGGAGUUCCGUAAGACCGAUGCGCAGCAGGCGUGCAAGAUCGACGUGAACAAAGCCUCGAAGCUUUGGCAGGCAUUCGAUAAGGUCGGCUGGCUACAGGAGCACUGGAUGGACAAACAUCUUGAUAAACCCUGA